AUGGGAGCGGGAUGGGAGCGGGACCAGGAGCGGGAGCGGGACCGGGACGGGACGGGACCGGGAGCGGGACCGGGAGCUGGACCGGGACCGGGAGGGGGACGGGACGGGACGGGACAGGAGCGGGUCCCCCCGGGCCGGCCCUGCCCGGUCCCGCCGCGCUCGGGAGCUGGGACCCUUCCCCUGGACCCCCCCCCCGACCUGGUGCCGCCCCCCGGCCGGGACAUCAUCCCCCUCUACUGCUCCCUCCUGGCUGCCGUGGUGCUGGGACUCCUGGCCUACGUGGCCUUCAAGUGCUGGCACACCUGCAGGCAGAAGGAGCAGCUGGCCAAGGCCAGGGCAGGGGACUUGGGGGCAUCACCUGAGGGGGAGAAGCUGCACGGGGACAGUGGGGUCUUCCUCGACACCCCCAGCCUGCAGGAGCCCCCCCAGCCCGGCAAGGCCCCCCAUCCCAGGGGUCACCCCUUCAGCUCGAUGUCACCUCAGUGCCAGGAGGAGCUGGAGCGGCUGCUGGAGAGCGGAGGUCCCGGGGGGGACUGGCAGGUCCUGGCCACCCACCUGGGCUUCAGCCCCGAGGCCAUUGUCACCUUGGGGGGGUCCCGGACCCCCACCCGCCGCCUCCUCAACGCUUGGGCUGGAGGGGAAGGGGCCACCAUGGAGACCCUCUGCCAAGCCCUGGCUGCCAUCGGCCACCACGACCUGGCCCGGAGCUUGGUGGCACCUGAGGAUGUCACCUCGGCCGUGUGAGGGACGUUUGGGGACACACAGACCCCCCCCCAGGGACAUCCCAGCCCUGUGGGGGGGGGUUCUGGGGGGUUUUGUACU